CAGCAUGUGUCGGUCAAGCAGCACAAAAAGCUAGCGCACACAGAUGAUGUCUAGAUUCAAUCUAAGACUCUACAGCCAAUCAGAGUGAGGCAAUUUACACGCUUUUCAUAAAAAGAAAUUCGUCAAUCGUUAAUUGAAAGGUAUCGUUUCACCAUCUUCGCCAGUGAGGGACAGAUUAUACAAGCGAUAUAGUGUUUCACGAAUAGAGAAGUGUAAACAGAAAAACAUCAUGGAACCAUUUAAUCCGAGUAUGUCGUACUUGUACCCACAUCAACCAUGCUUUCCUGCAAGUUAUCAACCUCUGUUUAUGCAACAACAACUAGCACAAUUUCGUUAUACUAACUUUUCGCCUACCUCUGUGCGAACGUUAUCACGGCCUGCAUACUUGCACUAUCCCAGCUUAACUGGUGGAUCUGAGCACAUAAAAACAAUUUCUGAGUACAGUUCUAUUGGGGAAAACACAAGUUCUCAUUCGCUGGACUCUUCAAACAGCCUUGACGGCUCACAAAACGACGAUUCAAUUCUAGACGACGAUCAAAAUGAUCCUACGAACUCAGAUCAUUGGUUAGUCCGACAGCCAUAUCGAAGUCGAAAAAGAAUGGCUUACACGCGACAGCAGCUACUUGAGCUGGAAAAAGAAUUUCAUUUCACGCGUUAUCUAACACGGGAAAGAAAGAGGGAGUUGGCAAACAGUUUGAAGUUAACAGAAAGACAAAUAAAAAUAUGGUUUCAAAAUCGUCGAAUGAAAUGGAAAAAGGUGAACAAUCCAGUAAUUCCGACGAAUCGAGAGGUUUGCGCACCUAUGAAACGUGUUGGGACUGUUAACAAAGGUCAGACAUCAUGGCAACAAAGCCAAUAAAAUGGCUUCAAACCUCCUUCGUUUGUGAAACUAAACAAAUGAGCUAAUACACUGUAAUUAUUUCUGUUGAAACUAAUCAUUAACAUUAUAUUCUGUUUUCCAGUGUUA